GGCCGGAGGGAAGGAAGGAGAGCCAGGGAGGUGCCUCGCGAUGGGAAGCCGGCUGCCUUGCCUCUUCCUCCUCCUCCUGUCGCGCGCAGCCCUCGCGCCCCGCCGCGUGGACGGCUGGCCCCGGAGCCCCGCGCGGACGGCGGCCGCGCGCCCCCGCUAAGCGAGACAGAGAGCCCCUCACCACACACACACUCCGACAGACAGCGCCCCGCACAACGAGGCGGGCCGAGGCCAUGGAGCGGCGCGGGGUCUGGUAGAUGGCCCUCUCGCCUCCCGACCCGGGGCUCCCGCGCGAAGGGAGACCGCCGCCGCUGCCUCCUCCACCAUGGGGCCGCUCCCCGCCUUCGCCACCCUCGGGGGCCUUCUCCUGGGGUUUCUGUUACUUAGUACCAUUGAUGCUCAGUCAGAGUUGACAUCUGAACAGAAUGCCAUAAACCUCUCUUCUGGCACAUACCGCCAUCAUGACCGUGCCACUGAUACACAUCUGACUUGUGACAAGUGUCCUGCAGGAACCUAUGUCUCUAAGCACUGUACAAUGACAACAUUAAGAGAGUGCAGCCCUUGUUCCAGUGGGACCUUUACCAGGCAUGAAAAUGGUAUAGAGAGAUGUCAUGUGUGCAGAAAGCCUUGUAUGCUGCCGAUGAUUGAAAGAACACGUUGCACUGCUUUGAUGGACCGUGAAUGCACCUGUCCAGCUGGUCAAUUCCUCAAUGGCACCACCUGCAUCCUUUACUCGGUGUGUCAAGUUGGAUGGGGCUUAAAAAAGGAAGGAACUGAAACUGAAGACAUCAAGUGCAAACCAUGCCCUCCUCGCACUUUCUCUGCUGUGCCUUCUAGUGUAUUGAGAUGCAAAGCAUUCACAGACUGCUCACAAAAAAAUAUGAAGGUGAUAAAGUCAGGAACAAAAGAGAGAGACAACAUCUGUGGACAUCUUUCAGGUUUCCAGAAUGCAGCUGGACUUCUGUCCAGUCCAGAAACAGAUAAAGAACAAAACAAAAUUUACUCUACUACUCUUCUUUUGAAAGGUGUGAACUCUUCAGCUUCCAGCAUUGCUGCUGCUCCUUCCCCAAGUAUGUACGCUGAUCCGAUGGCACCAACAGAUAGUUACAAUGACACCUCAAAGAAUGAAACAGCACCUGCCAAUAUGACUGCUUUGCAGGAGCCCAAGCGUUUAAACCACCAGCAGGUCCAUUACCACAAGCACCCCCCUUCCAUCCUAAAAGAACUGCCAGCACUGGAAAUGAGUAGCAGUGUAAAAUCCAGCAUUCCAUACAAGCCCCCUAAAAGAGGAUCCCCAAGGCAGGCCAGUCAUAAGCAUUUUGAUAUCAAUGAGCACUUGCCGUGGAUGAUUGUUCUCCUGUUGCUUCUCGUUCUGGUGGUCAUAGUUGUGUGCAGUGUCCGGAAAAGUUCACGAACUCUAAAGAAAGGACCAAGGCAAGACCCCAAUGCAAUUGUGGAAAAGGCUGUUUUGAGAAAAUCUACCCCAAUCCCAAACAAGGAGAAAUGGAUCUACUAUUGCAAUGGACAUGGGAUUGACAUUCUGAAGCUGGUGGCAGCUCAGAUUGGAAGCCAAUGGCAAGAUAUUUACCAAUUCCUGUGCAAUGCAAGCGAACGGGAGGUGGCUGCUUUUGCCAAUGGAUACUCUGCAGAUCAUGAGAGGGCCUAUGCUGCAUUACAACACUGGACCAUCAGAGGCCCUGAAGCCAGCCUUGCCCAGCUGAUCAGCGCCCUCCGCCAGCACAGGCGCACUGAUGUAGUGGAGAAGAUCAGGGGACUGAUGGAGGAUACGAUACAGCUUGAAACUGACAACUUGGCUCUCCCUGUAAAUUCUGGCCCCCAAGGUCCCACUCCCAGUCCAGAUCCAAAACCAGAUUCAUCCAUUAUCCCUGUAGAGCCGUCACCCUUGGAGAAGAACAAGUGUUUCUUUGUGGAUGAGUCAGAACCUCUUCUACGCUGUGAUUCAACUUCCAGUGGUUCUUCUGCUCUUAGCCGAACAGGCUCCUUUAUUACCAAAGAAAAGAAAGACACGGUGCUGCGCCAGGUGCGCCUGGAUCCCUGUGACCUGCAGCCCAUCUUUGAUGACAUGCUUCACAUUUUGAACCCAGAGGAGCUGCAUAUUAUUGAAGAGAUUCCACAGGCAGAGGACAAGCUGGAUCAGCUUUUUGAAAUUGCUGGAGUCAAAAGCCAAGAAGCAAGUCAGACACUCCUGGAUUCCGUCUACAGCCACCUUCCCGACUUGCUUUAGACCAUGGUCACCAAGUGCACUCUUCACCCACACUCUGGCUGCCGCUUGUACUUGCUUGGCACUUGCUAAAGGCAAUGAGCAGGCAGGAUAUUUUGUAGAACCAUGGCCAGUAUUUUCUUCUAGGUUUUACUCUGGUGGGGACAGGAGUUUGCAACCCUUUGCACCCUGUCAUCUUUAUUCCUGAAUUAAAAGUUCUUGCUUUCCCCUCCUCAUUACAACCUUUUAAUUUCUCAUUCAAAUAUUUUAUUUGAAUUACUUAAAAACACAGGUCUUCUGUUAUUUUUUUUAUCUGUAGAUUUCAAAUUUGUACUUAACCAUAAUCUGGUCAGAACAAUUUUGAGUUGUUGUUUUCAAAAAGAAAAAGAAAAAAAGAAAAAUAACAUGACCCUUCCCUCCACUCCUCACUUCAGGUAUUUUUAAUUUUUAUUUUCUGUCUUUUUCAUUGUUGGUAUGAUCAGUUUUUUUCUCAAGAGAACUUUUAAAAAACUACUGCUGAAUGAUUCACAUGUAUUGACAAUUUACUAGCAUAGCUAUUUAUUGUAUGGUUGUCUUCUCGACAAAGCAGAUAAUGGUAGUGACCUGUGCUGCUCUAAAGCAGAGGCAUUUUGACUGUAACUCCUCCAGCCUUCAAGAUAAUAAGACAUUUUGGUCUGCAGCUGAAUGUAAUUCUGUACCCUCAACACAAUGGAAUAUAUUGCCUUGCCAUUUUAGGAUCUCAGCAAGCUUGGUAAUUUUGGUCAGUUUGGAGUAGCACCUGGAGCUGGACUCUGGAAUUGAUGAACCCUGGUGGUGCCACAUUUAUCCUUCUAUAAGGUUUACUGAUCUGUGCUUUAACAUUGUUUUUGUGUGUAUGUGUGGUUGCGUGGGUGGGUGCAUUUUUUAUACAGAUGUGGCCAAUAGGUAUGUUUCAAAGACUUCACUUGGUCUUAGCAUUUCCUCCUCCAAACACACUUCACUUUUUAUUAAAAUGCUGCAUUGUAAGAAACUUGCCUCUAUUAUAUUCGCAAAUACUAUACUCCAGGAACAACUGGUCUACAGUAAUGCUUAUUUGGGAGAUGAUGUCACAAGGUGGCAUUUGCUUCCUUGCUGUGAGGUGGUGAUGAUAGGAUUUUGGAAGAACUUGCCUUCUGGUGUACUAAUUUAUUAAUAAAUAAUAGGUGUUUGCUAUGUGUUAA